AUGCCGGAAAGGCCUUCUACCGGUCCUCGGCCAGCUUGUGUUGAGGACUUCGAUGACGACAGGAAUUCUGUCCUUCCUGAUACCCGUGCCUUCGCCAAAACCGUCAAGGAUGGGAGCGAUUCAGGCUACUCCAGCAGGACAGGCACCGUCGACGGGGAGCGUGCGGAUGCUAGAAAGCUUGCUGAUAUGAAGUCCCAAGCUGCGCAGAUUGAAAGGGAGAGACAGCCUUAUAGUGGUGGUCCGGGAGUCAGACGUCGAGAGUCCGUCAGCCAACAGAAGCCCAUCCGGCCAAAGGCUCCAGAAACUGCUCAUUCCAAGGACGUGGAGAAGAAGUUCUGCCAUCCUCCAAGCGCACAAUGUUGGUCUUGCGACAAGGUGGGCUACCAUAUGACCCAGGAAGAACUGGACGACAUCCGGGCCAGGCUAAGCGGACAAGCUCCCAAGCCGCAAAGUCCCAAGGCUGCUCGAAAGCCAUCCACUCAGCAGGUCAAGGAUCGCGAUGUCGAAGCCAAGCUGCGUCAAACACCAUCAUAUCACCAAGCACGAACACCCAUGCAAUUCCCGCCUUCUGCCACCCAGCCAAUGCCGGCUUCGUACGCAUCGCCUUCUGGCUUCUAUGCACCGCCUGUAUACCACAGCCCAAUGACACCUGUCUAUUCCUCCCAACCCUACAACUACAACUAUCCGCCAACCCCAAGUACUCCGGGCAAUGGUCUGUACGCUCCACAGCCUGGUCCUCAAGAAUACUUCAGUCAGCAGCCUAUUCCCGAAAUCCGCCCACCUAAUCCACGCCGACGAUCUAGCGUAUACGAGGGUCAAGAGGUUCCGAGGCCUAGGCGUGAGACUAUCGAACCAGACCCUCCCCGCCGAGCAGAUCCACGUCUCACCCAAGCUGUUGUCUCUAAGAAAGAGUCGAGACCGUCGAUGCCUCAACACCAAUCUAACAGAAGCAUCGAAGAGGAUCGCUACGAGCAAGACAGGUGUCGAAUGCCUCCCCCAGAGCGCCCAGUCAAGACCUCCGAGCUUGCCCGCCGACCGAGCAUGAAGAAGUCGUAUACCCAUGACGAUGACACACGCUACGAGAUGUCUCGUAGCCGACAUGACAUCGAAGAUAUCGCUGAGAAAAGGCGAUCACGCGGACCUCGCGACUAUGACCACGAUGAGUACGCUAUUGGUGUCCGUCAAUCAGACGCAGCCAACAGGCAGCCUCCAACGCCUUAUUCACAACCGGCCGAGUAUAGUCCCAACCGGGCGAUGCCACGUCCAUCGGCGCGGCACUCUGUCUCCUACUCCGACGCUCGGCACGUUGAGACGAUUGCAAAGAGCGCAGCUAUGAGGGACACUACACAACGUCGCGCUACCACGCCGCUGACAAACACUGACGCAAAACUGGCCGAUGCAGAGGCAUAUCAGCAGAAACACAGUAGCUCGACCUCCGAUAAGCUCACUGAGAAAAUCAGGAGCAACUCCAGCAAGGCUCCCAGCCGUUCUGACGCCGGUAGCAAUUACAGUCGUCGUGAAAGUCAGUACUCUGGAUCAAAGACCUCGACCGCGGCCAAAAAGGCUCGACCUGAGAGCAUCGUCAUCGAGGCGAACAACAAGGAUCGGCUCAGUAUCCAGAUACCCGGUGGUCCGACAAUCGUAUUCGGGCCUGACAAAGAGAGACCAAAGGAAAAAGACAGGCCGCAGUCAGCCAAUCAUCCACUUCACGGAGCCGAGCUGCCACCAGCAGUCACGCUUCGUCUGACCGUGGUAGAGAUCGAGAAUAUGGGGAUAGGCGAUCGGCCCAUGUCAUCGAGUCGCGACCACCCGCAUCUCCGAUGA